AUGCAGGGAGAGCGGAAGAUCAUAUGGCUGUUUGGAGGGUCAGGAUCGGGCAAAUCAAGCGUCGCCUACUCCACCGCCGAGCGCCUACGUAGCAAGGAUCAUCUUGCCGCUACCUUCUUUUUCUCCAGAAAGCAUCUCAGCCGAAGUCAGACAGAUCACGUCUUCCCUACUAUUGCGUAUCGCAUCGGCCUUCUUCAUGCUCACGCGAAAGAAGUCAUUAUCAAGGCAAUUAAAGACGAUCCGGAGUUGUUAACCGCGGAGAAGUCUCGACGCGAGCAAUUCGAGAAACUCGUCACGGAUCCCCUUCGCGCCUUGCAAUACGUGUGGUGCACGAAAAGAGCGAUGAUAUUCGACGCCGCUGAUGAAGGCGAAGGCGAUCAAAUCAACGACUUGGUGUAUAUGCUGAUCGAGCUCCUCCGUGAUCCAUCUAUUCCUAUCUCUAGUAUCCUCUUUACCAGCCGACCUCUCUUUCGUCUUGGAUCACUCACAAGAAACAAUGGCAUAGAAAGCAUGUUCAUUAGUCUUCGCAUCGAGGAUUUCGAAGCCACUCACGAUAUAGAAGUCUUCCUAUGCGAUUCCCUCCGGAGGAUCUACGAGGACCGCGAACUCCAGUUUAUGCACCCUCAGCCAUGGCCACCUCCAAAUCUUAUCGCCUCAUUACUUAACCGUAUAAGAGGGCAGUUCAUCGUCGCCGCAACUAUUUGCAGACUCAUCCGCGACGCUACGGACCCCAUCGAAUGUCUUGACCUCGUCUCCGAUAUGUACACGGGCGAGGUUGAGCCUUUGUCCCUCAACUUGACUGGCAUCGAUUCGGUGUAUUACCACAUUCUUUCCGACUGCGACACGACAUCAAGGAUUCCGGGAGCCAAAUGUUUAGCGGAUAUUACCGCGCUUGCUGAAACCCUAUCGCUAUCCGAUCUUUGCAGGUUAUUUGCUACUAGGGACGUUCCGAAGCACAUCACCCACCUGUCAGCCAUCGUCGUCAUCCCCUCCAUCGAGUCAAGGGACACUGUUCAGGUAUAUCAUGCCUCUCUGCGAGACUACCUGUCGGAUGAAUCUCGGUCCCAAGAGUUUUAUGUGCAUCCGAAGGUCUCUCACCAGCGGCUAGUUUGCAUGUGUUUGAGGCUCAUGAAGAGAGAUCUCAGGAAAGACAUAUGCGGGCUCGAGGAUCCAUCAAAACUGCAUAGCGAGUUCGAAGACUUUAUUUACCGCCGCGAAGCAUACAUCUCUGGUGCCUUGCGUUAUGCGUGUCUGUACUGGCCAUAUCACCUUCUAAGGUCCGAAUGCACUGAAGAAACUCGGGCACUUGUGGUAUACUUCGUAAAAAAGCAGCUACUAUUCUUUGUGGAGGCUUCAGCCAUCAUUGGCUCCUUGCACGCGGCUGUCAACGGCCUCACAGAUGUACAGAGGGCCAUUUCGAAAUGGAAACCUUCUGACGAUCAAAAGCUCGCUUUAAAGUUGCUCUAUGAUGCAGUGCGACUCGUGUUACAGUUCAUUGAACCCAUUAGCAACUCUGCUCUCCAGCUCUACGCUUCUGCACUUCCUAUGUGCCCUGUUAUUACCCAGCUUUCAAGCACGUACCGCGAUUUGUUCAAGGAUAGCGAGGUGUCAGUUGAGUAUGGGCUGAACAAUCCCUGGAAUUACAUCAUCCGCACUUUCGCAGUCGAGGAUGGCGCAUCAAUCGUCAUGUCUCCUGACGGCCGUAGAUAUGCUACGGUUGUCAGCACAGCAAUGGCCAUGUCUGCUUCUGGUAUCCCAGCACGAACUCCGUCGACGAUCUACUCCCGGCCCAAGGCGAUGUGAGCGGACAUAGUGUCUGCGCAUUUUCGGGUGAUAGCCUCUUAUUCGCCAGCGGCGUAACUCUCAGUAACUCUUCAAAGACACUCCUUUGUAUAUUAGAUAGAGACGACACCGCGGGAAAGUGGUCCCCCCGUCCACCAAUAUCCUUGCCUUCCGGCGUAAUUCAAGACCUCGCCUUCUCCUGUACCAAUUUAAUUCUUGCGGUCACUCGCUCUGGAGCGUACAUCAUCAAUCCUACCAGCCAUACUAUAUCCCGGCACCUUCAAGGCCCAUGGUUAGAUCUACCGCAAUGGCAUUCUUUCACUCAAGAGGGCCUAGCUACCUUGCACAUUAACUUUCCCGCAAAAAAGCUCGGUGUUAACACUGUUAUGAUCGAGCCCCUCAGCUUGAAAU